AUGCAAAAUUCAAAAAUAUCUUCAAAUCAUUCAUCUUCAGUUUCAUCAUUGACGUCAAGUCAUCAUGAUUCUACAUCUGAUAAUCAAAGAAUCUAUAAAUUACCAACUCCACCACCUGAGAUAAAACGAGUUUUUCAUCGUAUUCGUUCGCCUGAACCAAAAAUAAUUGAACGAAUCUUUGUUUGUCGACCAACACCAGAGAUUAUUGAAAAUAUUAUUGAAAUACCACCACGAAAAGUUCAUAUUAUCAAUAGAGAAAAACAUUUCCGUCAAUCAAAACCAAUUACUCGAACAAAAGUGGUCCAUUUAAAACGAUGUCAUCGUCAUGAAAAUGAAGAAUAA